AUGCAACAGGAUUUCGAGCGGUCUCUGGCUGUCACGUCUACACCCCACACAACAUGCCGUAAGGUCACAUCUUCCGUGUGUGUACGGAUUGCCAAUUUGAUCCAAAGCUUUCAGGUGUGCAAGUUGCUGUGGCCCGCGCUAAGAGCACACGCAGGGUACCGCAAGACAAAACGAAGAGACAGCCAGGAUAUCCUAGGUUCAGGUGCAAGGUCAGUGCGGACGACUGAAAGCCAAGGCAAGCUUGUCAGCUUUGAGAGUCAGGGUAUCCUGGCUCCCUUGCUCGCAGCAGCCCUUUGUCGACGCAGAUUAUUAGACUAA